GGGAGCCAUGGGACGAUGGGGAAGGGUUUCAAACUAGAGCAGGGCAGGUGUAGAUUAGACAUUAGGAAGAAGCUCUUUACAACGAGGGUGGCGAGAGGCUGGAACGGGUCGCCCGGAGACAGAGGGCGGAGGCCCCGUCCCUGCAGACGUUCGGGCGACAGUAAGAGCGGGAGCCUGGCGGCGGCGGGAGGGGGCAGCCGGGAGGAGCCGGGUCUGCACAGCGGCGCCCCCCGCCCCGCCUCGCCCCGCCGCCGGCGGCGCCGAGCAGCGGCCCCGCGCCCGGAGGAGCCGGCACCUUCGGCAGGGACCCGCGUGGCCUCGCUCGCCCGCAGCCAUGCCCCUGGGCCCAUCCAUGAUGCCCGGAGCGGCCACCCCGCGCGCACGGCGCUGCAGAAGGGAGCUCGUCCCUCCGGCUGGUUUGAAAGAGCCUGCAGGGCUUUGCCAUGCCGGCCUGGCUGCCGGUGGCCGUGGCAGGCUGGCUCCUCCGCCAUGGUGGCAGUCACAGAAAGAAGAGUGGCAGCUGAAGGAUCCUCCGUUCUGAUGCACGCGCCGGAUAUCAGGAACGUGAACUUCACCGAGUGGGAAUACAUAAGAACACCACCAACACCACCCCGGAAUUCAUCCUGCAGUACUACGCAGAUCACCAGUCUCCGACCAUUUACGCGGCUUACCAAGGCAGGGUGGUGUUCUACCCAGGAGAACGGCUCCAUCCUCCUCCAGAGGUUACGGGAGGCAGACAGCGGCGUCUAUAAGGCAACAGUUGAUCUGAUGCAGGAUAAAGCGCGGACAACCCUCCUCGAAGUUAUCCAGCCUGUGCCCCAGCCUGAGCUCCAGUGCAGUUCGAAGGUGGCAGGUUCGCCCAUCGAGCUGGUCUGCGUGGUGCCAGAGGGAACGGUGGCUUCCAUCUCCUGGAAGAAGGACGGACACCCCCUUCCCCCCGAAAAGUGCUAUCUGCUCUCUGAAAAAGACACCGUGCUGCAGAUAAGGAAUGGCGAGAAGUCGGACUGCGGCUCCUACUCCUGCAACGUCAGCAACGUGAUAAGCUGGAAGGAGGCAUCCCUGGACCUGACGGUGACAGGUCUCACACCUCCUCUACGCCACGUGCGGAGGCUGGCUGUUGUCACGCUGAUGUUCGUCGCCUUCCCCACCAUCGGCUUCGUUGUCCUGCUCUGGCAGCUGAGGGAGCAGAGGUUCGGAACGGAAGCACUGAAACAGGUAACUCUGUUCACCCACGGACUGCUGUGUGUCUCCUCUCUCCUCCUGCUUGCCGCCUCCAUCAUCUGGAUGCAGGAAGAAGGUCUUUCUGCUGCCUUCGUCUUGCUUGGGCUGUUCUUCUUUGCUGCGGCGAUAGGAACCGCCCAGGCGGCGGCGGCAGCGGUGUGGAGACCAGCAGCUCUCAUCCCCUUCAAAAGCAAAGCGUGGCACCGUGUUAUCCGGAACUCCACAACCCCCACAACACUGAUCGUCAACUUGUUGUUCGCCACCCUCUUGCUCCACAAUACCCAGCAGCUCCAUGAGCGAGGCUGCUCGGAAGCCGUCGAUCUGACCGCCAGCUGUGUCUCUGCUGUGGUAGCCAUCCUCAUCACGCUGCUGCUCCUCUUCCUGUGGCAUCACAGGAAUAUGCAGAAGGAGAAGACGAUGAAAAGGCAGUGCACCACCCAGAGCACACAAGCCAGGGACACCUUGGUGGUGGAAGAAACCCGAGGACAGCGGCAGGAAGGGGAGUAAAGUGUUGUCCCUCCACCCGCCGGGAAGGAGCCCCCAGGAGCUGGGAGCCGUCCGACAAAGCAAGACAUCCAUAAGCUCUGCCUCUGCCUGGCAUCACCGAGGUGAGGCUUUGGGCCAAAAUCUUGCCAAAAUGUUGCCGCCCAGGUCUCCAAACAAUAGCUCCAGGCGACAAAUGAUACUCCCCCCACCCACCUUCCCUGCCCCUUAUUUAUAAAAUGAAGCCAGAAGUUGUAUCAGACGCCAAGCUGGAGGUAAACCAUCCUCACUAACGCCGUCAUGCCACGCGCCUUCUUUUUUUAGUAUGCUCAUCAGUCAAAAAAAACCCUAACCAAAAAGACAAGUAAAUGUCCACCAAGGGAAAAAGCUGUACUUCAAGGAAUUCAAUCCACUUUUCUCAGCUGGAAUGUAUCGCCACUAUUAAUUAGAGCCGACAACUGCCAAAGAGCAGGUUGACUCCCGGCGUUAGCGGCUGGUGAUGGGUCUGGUACACAAGCACCGUUGCUGCCCAAGCACGGCCGAGGUGCCGCUGCCGGAGCUGCCCGGGCUUCUGCUGCCGAAGCUUUAAGCUGCCUCGGGUUUGCUCUCGGCAGAGCUCUGCCGACUCUGCCCACGCCGGGGUUUCGGUGUCACCCCCAUGUGUGACGUUACUUUCUUCCUCCUCCUGCUUUUAUGAGUGCCUUUCCCAGGCACAGCCAGUCGGGCGGGCGGUUCUCGGGGGAGGCAGCUCCGUGAUCACGCUCCCCUUGCAGCUCGCCUGCCCUCAGUUUUGCAAGGCAAAUGUCGCCGUGUCGUAGCACCUUCCUCAGAAAACCCAGCCCAAGCCCUUGUCCGUCUGUCCUGUGCCCGCUCCUGUCCUUCCCCGCCUGCUGCCAGCUCCUCCGGGCAUAGCUUUGACCCCACACCCCCAUCCCUGGAAAGCCCUGGCUUUGGGAAGGCUCACCAGGAAAGGCAGCUCCAUCGGUAUCCCUGUGUCAUUCAGGGUGGGAUUUUUUUAGCAUAUUUUAAAGCAUCCCUGAACUCGACUGGCCUGAGCUGAUUUCCCCUCCUGGGGGCUCAACUGACCUCGCCUUCAUGCCGUGCCCUUCAGCAGCUCCCUUUGCAGGUUGUGGCGUUUUAGAUGAAGUUGGAGUAAAUCCUGCCAAGGUCCUUUUUUUUGUCCCCCUCAGACAGGACAUCAGCUCUAAACGCUGGAUGUCGUGUUCACCUGUUUAAAAAAAAAAAACAAGGACAAAAACACCUGAUGCUGCUUUUUAAUUUGCUUUGUUACAGCUGUUCUAAUAAAUGUAUUUCACACGGA